AUGAACGAAACAAACCUCGCUAAAUACGGUGACGACAGUCAAAAGGGACUGAUACUAGAAGUUGACCUAGAUUACCCUAAACACCUGCAUGACCUACAUAACGACUACCCUUUAGCCACGGGGAGGGUUAACGUAUCAAAAGACAUGCUCUCGGAGUACUGCAACACAAUAUCCACCAAGUAUGGUAUACCAACAGGUCUGGUCCCUAAACUAAUCCCCACCCUAAAGAAUAAAGAGAAGUACGUGCUACAUUAUAGAAACCUAGAACUAUACACAGACCUAGGCCUGAAGGUGACUAAAGUCCACAGAGUACUAGAGUUUAACCAAUCACCAUGGCUCAGACAGUAUAUAGAUUUCAACACUGAAAAGCGGAAAUACGCUAAAAACUCAUUCGAAAAGGACUUCUUGAAGCUAAUGAACAACAGUGUAUUCGGCAAGACUAUGGAGAACCUACGAAAAAGAGUAGACGUUCGACUAGUCACCGACGAGAAGAAGCUACUCAAACUGGCAAGCAAGCCAUCCUAUAUGAGUAGUAAGAUAUUCAACAAGGACUUAGUAGCAGUACACAAGAUCAAAGAGACGCUCACCCUAAACAGGCCCGCAUACAUGUGCAUCUUAGACUUUAGCAAGUACGGAGACAAGGCACGGCUACUAUUCACUGACACAGACAGUCUGACAUACGAGAUAGAAACAGAAGACGCAUACCAAGACUUUUGGGACAACAGAGACAGAUUCGACAACAGCGACUACCCGAGAGACUCACCAUACUUCGACAAGUCAAACAAGAAGGUAAUCGGUAUGUUCAAAACCGAGGCCGCUGGAGCUCCCAUCUGCGAAUUCGUUGGAUUACGAUCGAAGAUGUACAGCUACGUGAAAGGCGACCACACAGGAGAAAAGACAGCAAAGGGAAUAAAAAAGAACGUCAUCAAGAGUAACAUAAAACACAAAGACUACAAGAGCACACUAAUGGACAACGAACAGGUGUACCAUAAGAUGAGAACGAUUAGAAGCCAAAACCACCAACUAAGAAGCUACGAGAUAAACAAGAUAUCGCUCGGCUGUUUCGACGAUAAAAGGUACAUACUAGGAGAUUGA